CUUCUUCUGUCUGGUUCGGAAACUAAUUUUCCUUGAAUCUUUACCAUUUUACGUAUAGAUGAUGUCAAGGAACGGACCGUUAAUUUCUUUUAAAAAAAUAAGCCCUUUUAGCGCUAUUCCUCAUUUCAUUGGGCGCGAAUUUGAAUGAAUCGUUGUUUAGACGUUAUUGGGUAAAAAUUAAACUGAGUUUGUUUUUGGGGGCUUGAUUGAACUGUCCAAAGGGAAAAGGUUCAAUAGUGACGUUUCUAGUUUACACGCCCUUUUUUUCUCUCUUCGUUUGUGUGUGUAGAAGAAAAGAGAGAGAGAAUCAUGAAUAUUUUUCGACUUGUUGCUGAUUUGAUGCAUUUAGCAUCUAUUUUCAUUUUAUUGCUAAAGAUAAAAAAGACGAGAUCGUGUGUUGGUAUAUCCUUCAAGACACAAUUACUAUAUGCCAUCGUCUUUGUUACUCGUUAUCUUGACUUAUUCACCAGGUUUAUCUCACUGUAUAAUACGUCAAUGAAGAUAUUCUUUAUCGCGUCUUCAGUCUAUAUCUUGUACCUUAUGCAUAUCAAAUUCAAGGCAACUUAUGAUGCUGGUUUAGAUACAUUUAGAAUCGAAUAUCUUUUGGGUAUUGCUUCUCUAUUAGGUUUAGCUACUACCGCAAAAUACACCAUCAUCGAAGUACUGUGGACCUUUUCCAUCUGGUUAGAAUCAGCUGCUAUCUUACCACAACUGUUUAUGCUUCAAAAGACAGGAGAAGCAGAGACGAUCACAACACAUUACAUCUUUGCUUUAGGCGCUUACAGAGCCUUAUAUAUCCUCAAUUGGAUUUAUAGAUACUAUGUCGAGGAUUACAUCGAAUGGGUUUCAUGUAUUGCAGGAUUAGUGCAGACAGCUAUCUACAGCGACUUUUUUUACAUUUAUUAUACAAAAGUUUUAAAGGGACGAAAGUUUGAAUUACCAAAAAUGGUUUGAAAUAAGAUUGGAUAAAAGAAUUUUUCUGUCUUUUUUUUUUCUUUUUUUUUUUUU